UCAACCAGCGGAGAGUUUUCCACUUAAGAUGUGUCUGCAGUUCAACUCUCUUACUAAAAGUACGACUUGGCCACCCCUACAACACUGCCAAAGACCUUGGACAGUCUGUGUGAGGUGUCAGAAACCAGAUAGAAGGGUGGACAGCCCCAUCAACAGGAUCCAGGCACAGAACAACUUUAACGUUCAGCAGUUUACAGGUGUGUGGCGUCUUAUUGCUGUUGGGUCAGAAUGUUCCUUCCUGAAGAUUAACAACAACAGGCUAGAGGCGGUCACUAUGAAGGUUACCAAUCAGGAUGGAGAUAUUCGUAUCAAUACAUUCCGCAAACUGGAUGGGCUCUGCUGGGACAUUAAACAAGACUACAGCAAGGCUGCAACUCCAGGACGAUUCUCCAGGAAAAAUCGUGGUCUGACUACUGAUAUUGUCAUUGCUGAAACGGAUUACAGCAAUUACGCAAUCCUCUUCCUUCAACAGAGACGGAAAAUCACCGUCAAACUCUACGGGAGAGGCAUCAAUGUUAAUGAAGCCGUACAACUGAAGUUCCGUCAACUUGUCAUCAGCAGCAACAUCCCAGAGAUUUUCAUUUACGAGUUCCCUCGCUAUGGGCACUGUGACGUUGCCGAUGAAUUUCAUCAGCUCGAUGACGAUUUUGGAAAAUCUUGAAGCAAGUAAGCCCAGAAAUGAUGGCAGAUUCGAUUCAUUUCUUUGUUAUUGGACCUAAUCAGCAUUUGUUUUUCUGUCCUGCCAAUUAAUCAAAUAAAGCUGUGUGGCAACAAA